CCAUUAUCCAUCCCCAUUUGUUUGUCCCCCCCUCGCGUCGCCUCUCUCUUCGUCGUCGUCGUCGUGGUGGGGGUGAGGGGGAGGGGGAGGGAACGGGAGGGGAGGGAGGGCAGGAUGAUGAUGACGCGGGCGUCGAUGGGGGCGAUGGACGGGGCGGCGGUGGACGAGGUGGUGCGCCGCCUGGUGGAGGGCGGGCGGGGAGGGAGGCAGGUGCAGCUGUCGGAGGCGGAGAUCCGGCAGCUCUGCGUGGAGGCCAAGCGGGUGCUCCUCUCGCAGCCCAACCUCCUGCGCAUCCACGCCCCCGUCAAGAUCUGCGGUGAUAUCCAUGGGCAAUUUGUUGAUCUUCUGAGGUUGUUUGAUUUGGGUGGUUAUCCUCCAACUUCAACUUAUCUUUUCCUUGGAGACUAUGUGGACAGAGGCAAACAAAGCUUGGAAACCAUAUGCUUGCUUCUAGCAUACAAAGUGAAGUAUCCUGAUAAGAUUUUCCUGUUAAGGGGAAACCAUGAAGAUGCAAAAAUUAACAGAGUGUAUGGAUUCUAUGAUGAAUGCAAGAGGCGGUUCAAUGUUCGACUGUGGAAGAUCUUUUCUGAUUGCUUCAACUGCCUGCCUAUGGCAGCACUUAUUGAUGAUAAGAUACUCUGCAUGCAUGGUGGCCUCUCACCUGAACUGAAUAGCUUGGAUCAAAUAAAGGAUAUUGAGAGGCCCACUGAGAUUCCUGACUAUGGUCUUUUGUGUGAUUUACUUUGGUCUGAUCCUAGUCCUGACGCAGAAGGGUGGGGGGAGAGUGACAGAGGUGUUUCUUGCACUUUUGGUGCAGAUAAGCUUUUAGAAUUUUUGGAGAAGAAUGACCUCGAUCUUAUAUGCCGCGCUCAUCAGGUUGUCGAGGAUGGCUAUGAGUUUUUUGCGCAAAGGAGAUUAGUGACAAUCUUUUCAGCUCCAAACUAUUGCGGGGAAUUUGAUAAUGCGGGUGCUUUGUUGAGCAUAGAUGAAAGUUUAAUGUGUUCUUUUCAGAUCUUGAAACCAAAUGAUACAGGGGGUCCACAUUCAAGGAAACCAAUUCCAAACAAGACUCCAAGAGCAGGAAACGCUUAAUUUAUACCAAGCUACAAAGCAUAAUUGUUGUCAGCCCGAAGGGGGUGAUCUCUUUUAUGUCUCGGAUCCACCAGGGCAUGGCAUUAGCCUUCUCCAGCCAAUCUCUCGUCCUUGUGAGUGGAGGCGGUACUGCAUUGUUGUACAGCAGCAGUCUUAUCUGACUCAGCUCAUUCAUCUGAUCUUUCUUUCUUUUCUUUUUUUUUUUGGUACCUUGCCGCUGCAAUGUCUGGUGGCACAAUGUGUUUUGUCGUGGAUGCAGUAGUUCCUCUUUUUUUGUUAGUUUCUUAGUGCUAUUUCUUUGCCUGAUUUCCGUGAGCUGUGUUUGCUUAUGUAUCUUAAUUAGAUCAUGAGAUAUAUGCUUGGUGGAAUUGUGUAACAAGCUUUCUGUUUCAUUC